AUGUACUCAACAUUAGGAAAGUCAUUCACAAAACAAGUGCAAUGUGUGGGACACCUAAUCCAGUGCUUGCAUGAAGUAUUGAAAGACAUUUGUCACAUUGAUCAUUUGGUUGCUUUAGACGUUGAGGAGAAAAACUGUUUUCCUAAAGGUUCGUCUGUCCUCCUUGAAAACGGACGGAAAGAGUUAGUAGAGAAUCUAUCGCCAGGAAUGAAAGUUUUAGCAUUCGAUAAGAAAAAGGGUUUUGUCUAUGAUGAGAUCUACAUGUUCGGACAUAAACAAGGAAACGCCGUGUCGAAAUUUGUCGUCGUCCACACAGAGUCUCAUCAAAUAACUAUCUCACCAGAACAUCUAAUUCUCUGUAAGAAAAACGACACGGAAAGUUUUGUCACCGCCAAAACUGUCUCACUCGGAGAUGAAAUUCUAACAAAAUCUGAGCUGGGAUUCGUCUGGUCAAGCGUGGCUGACGUCACGUACAGAGUGGACAGAGGUCUGUAUGCACCUUUCACCAGAAGCGGCACCAUUGUGGUGGACGGUGUCGUGGCCUCCUGCUACAUCGAUGUGCUGCCACAUGACGUGUGUCACAGGAUGGUGUCACCAAUCAGGUGUUUGUACCGUGUGUCACCAUCUCUGGUGAGACGUGUCUGUGGUGUGUCAGACACACAGCCGGUACCAAAGAUAGCUCACCUGGCCGUGACAGUGUUAUGGUACGGUAAGAAGAUCACUAAGGAAAGACAGAGGGCAUUAAAACUGUUUUGA